AUGAUAGAGUCUGGCUCGUGCGCACCCCCCGCAGUGCAAACCACAUUCGGUUAUGUAUUUAUGGGUGACUAUCCUCAGAAGGGUGACUAUCUUCAGAAGGAUGACCAUAUUUAUAAUUCUUUCGCCGGUUUGAUUCGCAAUGACCUUGAGUCGAGCUUAAAUAAAUUUUGGGAAUUGGAAGAGAUCCCAUACAAACGCUUCCUCAGUCCUGAGGAGACGGAGUGUGAAAGCUUGUACGUAAAGUCCGUUUCCCGCCAAGAUGACGGUCGUUACACAGUUGCCUUACCCUUCUGUAAAGAUUCUUCUGAGCUAGGAAAUUCCCGAGCUGUGGCUCAUCGCCGCUUGCUUUUCCUAGAAAAGAAAUUUAAGCAAAUACCUUCACUACGUGAAGACUGCAACAAAGUUAUUGACGAUUAUAUGAAAAAUAAUUAUCUCGUCGAGGUUCCUGAAUCUGACGUCACAGAUGACGGCUACUACAUCCCCCACCACGCUGUAAUUCGACCUGACAAAGCAACGUCACGUGUUAGAAUUGUCCUGGAUGCUAGUGCCAAAAGUCAUUCUGGUCAGUCGCUGAACGACAUUUUACAUACUGGUCCAAAUCUUCAAGCAGAUUUGUUUACUCUGCUUUUAAAUUUUCGCCUGUUUCCAGUGGCAAUGACGUCAGACAUUCGUCAAAUGUAUAUGCAAAUAUGUUUGCCGUCUCACGAUUAUAAAUACGUGAAAAUUUUGUUUCGCUUCAAUGAAAAUGAGCAAAUUCGCACCUUUCAGUUUACGCGUGUUCCGUUUGGGCUCAAGUCAAGUCCAUUUAUGGCUAUGCGCACUGUCAAGCAGCUUUGCUUGGAUGAAGAGCAUCAGUUCCCUGAAGCUGCAACUGUCGCUAGUUCCCAAUUGUACAUGGAUGAUUUAGUGCAUUCGUGUAUUAAUGAUGAAACCGCUAUGCGCUUGUCGCAGGAGUUAAUAUCUCUCUUCAAAGCUGGCGCAUUUGACUUAGUCAAGUGGUCCAGCAACUCGCCCGCGCUUUUAGAAAGUCUUCCUGACUCACACCGCGCUUGUGUCGAAUUUAAUGACAAACAGAGCGUCGCUAAGGUAUUGGGUUUAUCUUGGGAACCCUCCAAUGAUACUUUCUUCUUGACUACGUCCCCGCCCGCUGGAGGGAAGUGUACCAAGCGAAUUAUACUCUCUACCGUAGCUCGCUUGUUUGAUGUGCUUGGUUUGGUAGCACCUGUCGUAUUGUACGCAAAGUUGCUUAUCAAAGAACUUUGGCUCAGUAAAGUUGAUUGGGAUGCAACUCCCCCAGAACACAUAAUCAAGUGUUACUCUAUGUUGGUACAAGAAUUUCCACUGUUAUCAACAUUAAAGAUUCCGCGCCAUGUAGGAGUUUUCGCUGACUCUAGUGAUUGUCGAAUAAUUGGAUUCAGUGAUGCCAGUCUUAAUGGAUAUGGCUGUGUCAUCUACUUGCAUGUGACAGAUUCAGCUGGUAACUCAACUGUGAGGUUACUAUGCUCUAAAUCUAAGGUCUCUCCCGCUAAAAUUACGACGCUUGCUCGUUUAGAGCUUUGUGCUGCUGUGCUGAUGAGUAAAUUGAUCAAAAUCGUACAGAACACAUACCUUGCUCGUAUCGCAAUUAAAGAAAUUUUUGCUUUCUAUGAUUCUACGAUUGCUCUCAACUGGAUUAAAUCAUCGCCUCAUCGAUGGUCGAUAUUUGUCAGCAAUCGUGUUGCGCAAUGUCAAGAAAAUGUGUCACCAGAAAACUUCUACCAUAUUGCAGGAGUUGAAAACCCAAGCGACUGCUUAUCUCGUGGGUUGACACCAUCGCAGUUAAUUUCGCAUACAUUGUGGUGGAAUGGGCCUUCAUGGCUGAAGGAGGCGCCGAAUAAUUGGCCUAUUAAACCAUUUCAAUGCUCAGCAAUCGAUCAAUUGCCAGAGCACAAAACUGUUGCAUUGACCACUAUAGUGCAGCAAGAGUCGCCUGUACUGUAUGAUUUGGCGCAACGCAUUUCUUCCUGGAAUAAAUUGCUACAAAUCGUUGUAUAUAUACUUAGGUUUAUAAAGAAAUUAAACCCAACUGAAACAAUUAAAAAUCUUGAGACCGCUGAAACCGCUUUGAUACUUGCUAUACAGAAAGUUCACUUUAGUGAAGAUAUAGCUCAAAUUAAAAAGAACCUUUUACCAUCGCGCAAACUUGUAAAGUUGUCUGCAUUUAUUGACGACAAAAAUGUUUUGCGGAUUGGAGGUCGUCUCUCGAAUGCUGAUUUGCCGUUUGAAGUAAAGCAUCCAGUUGUGCUACCCAAACGCGAUCACAUGGUGAACUUAAUCAUUGACCACUUCCAUGUUGUCAAUUGUCACACAGGUACAAGUCCAUUAAUGGCAAUCAUUCGCCAGCGUUUCUGGAUAUUAGAUGGACGCACAGUUAUUAGAAACAGAGUACAUAAAUGUAACUCAUGUUUCCGGGUCAAGCCAACACAUCCUGUACCGAAGAUGGCUAACCUCCCAUCUUGCCGCAUACAAGAAGCCAAAGCCUUUGUGCACACUGGGGUUGAUUAUGCUGGCCCCCUUCGCAUCACGCUUUGUCGCCGUCGUGGUCAACACGCACAAAAGGCGUACAUAUGCUUGUUUGUGUGCCUAGUUACAAAGGCAGUGCAUAUCGAGCUAGUCUCUGAUUUAACGUCUGACGCCUUCCUAGCAGCGUUCAAACGAUUCAUAUCUCGACGUGGUCCCGUCUCUUGUCUUUACUCAGACAACGGAACAAACUUCGUCGGUGCCAAAUCUCAACUGGAUGAGAUGUAUAAUCUUUUCCGCACGUCUGAUUUCAAAUGUAAACUUUACCGCGAAUGUAGUAAUCACCGCAUUGAAUGGAAAAUGAUUCCCCCUCGUGCGCCUCAUUUCGGUGGUAUAUGGGAAUCAAAUAUUAAGAGUGUAAAAACGCAUUUGUACCGUGUCAUUGGAUCACAGAUUCUGACAUAUGAAGAACUGUCAACCGUGCUCGUUCAAAUUGAAUGUAUACUUAACACUCGUCCGCUCAGUGUUUUAUCUUCGGAUCCGCAUCCCGAAGUAUUAACUCCCGCUCAUUUCUUGAUGUCGACACCGCUCCAAUACUUACCCGCGACUGACCUGUCUACCGAGUGUCGUAACCUCAACAAUCGGAAAAGAUUGCUGGAAUCGAUUGUGCAUUCCUAUUGGAAGAAAUGGCGUUUGGAGUAUUUGCACACACUGCAAGUUCGGAACAAGUGGUGUACUCCAGACCGUCCGGUUGUCCAAGGCACUGUGGUUCUGAUGGGUGAUGAUGACAUACCGCCCUAA